AUGAUCUUCGCAGCCACUGGCAGGUGGCUCCUACGCGUAUCUCUAUACCUGCUGCUUUUCAUCCCCCGCGUGGUUCUCACACUCAAUUUAGCGUACAACCCGUUCGUCAUCUUCACGCGAAAAGCUCUUGAACACAUCCAUUCGACGCUCCAAAGGACCAUCCCCAACACCUUCAAUAACAAUAACAACAACUCCAGUAGUGCUAUGGACAGCAGUGAACACAUGCGGUGGCUGCAGCCUGGCGAGCGCAAUGGAGAGCGCGUGGCGAUUGCGAGCUACCCUCGUUGCGGGAAUUCCCUCAUGCGUGGACUAUUGGAGAAAGUCACGGGUAUCUACACGGGUUGUGACACGCGACCGGAUCGGGUGCUGAGCAAAGAGCUCCAAGAGUACGGUAUGAAGGGUGAGGGGGUCGUGGAUGACUCGGUCUGGUUUGUCAAGACGCACUUCCCUGAACGUGUGGGCUACAAGGAGUUCCCCGUCCACAAGGUCAUUCUUGUCGUGCGUAACCCGUGGGACGCCAUUGACUCGUACUUCAACAUGACGCUCACGAACACGCACAACAAGAGCUUGCACGAGUCGCAGUACGAGCGCUUUGCAGAUCGAUGGGACCGGCUUCUGCGCAACGAGAUUGACGUCUGGAUGAAGUUUUAUCGGUACUGGACCACGACCGCAGAUAUUCCAGUCAUUGUCGUGCGCUACGAGAACCUCUUGAUGCAUCGGGAGGAGACGCUGCGCCGCGUGUUCCUCUUUCUCACAGGCAAACCGACGUUACAAGGCACGGACUGGGAAAAGCGGAUUCGGGAUGUGGUAUCGACUAGUGGCGACGAAGCUGGGCCGUACAAGCCUCGUAGUGGCAAGAUUGGCGGGUCAUUCCGUCACUUUUCCGAAGACCAGUUCCAGUACAUCUGGAAGACGGCGAAGCUGCCGCUGCGUGGGUUUGGCUAUGACCCCGUGACGCAAAAGUUUCCCGACGACAUUCGGCUUCCGAAGCGACAGGUGAAGCAAGGCAAGGAAGGGGCAACACUGCUCAUCUCAAUCGAUCAGGACAUGGAAAUUCGCAAGAAGAACGAUUCGUUUGGACGCGGCUCCACUUACUUUCGCCGAGGUCUAACCGAAGCUGUUAUUGCAAGCGAUGGCACGGAACUGAACAUGGAGGAGGUGCUUGCGGCAAGGGGGCGCUUGCAAGCACAGAAGAAAGUGGUCGACGAUCUGAGCGAGCAGACGGAAAAGCUUCAGCAGUUGAGCGUGAGAGAUGCCGAAAUAAACGUACAAUAG